GUUGUAAUGUUGAUCCUCAUUGUAAUUUUUGCCCUGGUGCACAGUGGAUUGGCCAGUCUAAGAGACACGGGUGAGAAACUUAUUGGGGAACGAGCUUUCCGUGUUUUGUUUGCUGGGGUAUCUCUACCAUUGGCUGUUAGCACAGUUGUUUAUUUUAUUAACCACAGAUAUGAUGGGCAACAAUUAUGGCAGCUCCAGAGUAUUCCUGGAGUCCAUCAACUUGUGUGGCUUUCGUCUUUUAUCUCCUUCUUCCUCCUCUACCCUUCCACUUUUAAUCUUCUAGAGGUAGCGGCAGUUGACAAGCCCAAAAUGCAUCUUUGGGAAACCGGGAUAAUGAGAAUCACAAGGCAUCCACAG